UCCGGCAGGCCUUGCGCACGCGUCGACUCCUACAAGUCAAGUUAGGGCUGGAACUAUGGCGGUCACCAAGGAGCUGUUACAGAUGGACCUGUACGCGCUACUAGGCAUUGAGGAGAAGGCUGCGGACAAAGAGGUGAAGAAGGCAUAUCGGCAAAAGGCCCUCUCCUGCCACCCAGACAAAAAUCCCAACAAUCCUAAAGCAGCUGAACUCUUCCACCAGCUCUCCCAGGCCUUGGAAGUACUGACCGAUGCCGCAGCCAGGGCCGCCUAUGACAAGGUCAGGACAGCCAGGAAGCGGGAAGCCGAGAGGACCCAGAAGCUUGAUGAGAAAAGGAAGCAAAUGAAGCUUGACUUGGAGGCCCGGGAGCGGCAGGCACAGGCCCAGCGCGAUGAGGAGGAGAACAAGAGCCGUAGCACCAGGACACUCGAGCAAGAGAUUGAACGCCUCCGAGAAGAAGGCUCCCGGCUGCUAGAAGAGGAGCAGAAGCUGAUCCAGGAGCGGCUGCGCCAGGAGCGGGAGCAGAGGCUGAGAGGAAAGGCUGAAGGUGGUGAAGCCCAAGGAACCCCCAAACUGAAGCUGAAAUGGAAGUGCAAGAAGGAGGACGAGUCCCAUGGCGGCUACUCCAGAGACAUUCUCCUGCAGCUUUUGCAAAAGUAUGGUGAAGUUCUCAACCUGGUGCUUUCCAGUAAGAGGCCAGGCACAGCUGUGGUGGAGUUUGCAACUGUCAAGGCCGCGGUGCUGGCUGUGCAUAAUGAAGUGGGCCUGGUUGAUAAUCCGCUGAAGAUCUCCUGGUUGGAGGGACAGCCAGUUGAAGUGGGCCCUGGCCAUUCAGGACUGCCAAAGGACUCGGUGCUGUCGGAGAGGGACUACGAGAGCCUGGUCAUGAUGCGCAUGCGUCAGGCCGCAGAGCGGCAGCGGCUGAUCGCUCAGAUGCAACAGGAAGACACAGAAGGACCGCCAACGUAGCUUCCACUCAGGACCCCUAACCCACAGCCCUUUCCUGAAGCCCCUGCAAUAAACUUCUGUUUGUUAAA